AUGCCGCAGCCGCAACCACAGCCGCCGACGCCGCCACCGGCGCAGCCGCAGCCACCACCGACGCAGCAGCGACAGGAGCAACCGCUGCCGCCGACGCCGGAGCCGCAACAGCGAGAGCUGCCGCAGCCACCGACGCCGAUGCCGCAGCCGCAACCACAGCCGCCGACGCCGCCACCGACGCAGACGCAGCCACCACCACGCACGCCGACACCGCCGCCAGCACCGCCGCGGAUGAGGAGGGGCCCCGGUGCGAGCGGCAACAGUCUUGGGACGUGGAGCAGGCGCACGUCGCGCAGACGCUGCGCACAAUGGGCAUGGGCGGCCGCCGGUGGCACCAGCAGACGGUGA